AUUGAUGAACUAAGCAUAUUGAUCGCAUUAAGUAGCAACCACCGCACCUACCUAAUUCAGGGGAGAUAAGUUUUUGUAUAUUCAGGAAAACCGACCCCACUGUAGGUUGCCAAAAUACGCGUCAAUUACUCGUUGAAAACGUAGUUUUAGCAAAUAAAAAGUACAUGGAUUUAAUAGAACGAUGAACAAACUUGAAGAAUUUGACCAACAUAUUUCGCGAUCGCGUUGAUUUCUUUGCCAAUUUUUAAUGACAUUACCAACCUUGAGAACGAUUAAACAAAUGAACUCAAUCGAACAGCUACUGCGCAGUGAAUAUUUGCGCGAAAAUAUGUAACACAAAUCCUUAUUCAAUAAACCAAGCUGAAACAGCUGCGAAAUAUGAAACUGCCUGGUUACAAGUAAUCGUGCAAAAUAUUGUCCAACCCUAGCUCUUGGUGCAUUGUUGAAUCACUCAUUAUGUUAAUAAACUGGAAAGAUCACCAUAGUUGAACAUAAAUAACUAUAUCAUCCAACAGUUUGACAUUCGAAACUCACAUACAACAAGGACUUGUUUCAUGCAAUGAAAUGUGCAGUAAAAUAUAAUGCAAUUAUAUCAGAACUGGUAGUAAGAAACAACAUUACGUGUGUAAAACGUGAAUACAAAAUAGCAGUAAAAUAUACAGACGGCCUGUUGGCUAGGCAAAGACACAACACAAAUGGCGGAUCUUAAAGAGAAAAUCAGGGAUCACAAAAUGGUUAAUUUGAUUAAGUGCAUUCUUGCCGGGUUCGUAACAAGGGACGCUCUUAUACCAUUCGUCACGAAUGUAAUGGAGGAUGUAAAGAUAUACCUAAGACGUCAAACUAAAAAUGUAACAUGCGGUAUUUGUUCAACAUCGAAUGCCAUUGAUUGUCCAGCGAAGGGCACAUGCAAUAUAUAUCAAAGAAAGUGCUCCUUUCAUUCCAAACAAAAGUUCAAGCAGUGUGUAAACGGUGUUUGUCAGACGGUAAGAAACGCAAUAGCACAACUACACCGUCACACAAACCCAUCUUGGUGCAAUACGGAUGCCACACAAUGGUUGACAGAGUCGUGGGAGGUCGCAAAAUGUUUUCUGCCUCCCAAAGGCUACGACGAUAAAGACAGUGCUGAUAAAACAGAUAUCAAUGGAAUAAUAAACUUGAUAAUCAAUUGUCGACAAUUUGACAACGAAAUUGAUGACGACCUUUGCAAGCAGGAAAACGUUUGUACUAUGGUAAGAGAAAAGAUGCGAGAUAUAAGACAUGCGUCACAGACUAAAGUUUCUGAUGACGUUAUGCAUGACGUUAUUAAUGCGUUGACCAAUCUUCUGAAAGAUAUAAGACGCUCUGACAGUGUUCCAGAAUGCAUAAACGCAAUACGUAAACUGAAUGAGAUAAAGCAAGACAAUUUCGACAUCAAAUCUCAGAGUAUCGAUGUACAACAGGACGUGUGGAAAGAGCUGGUGUCAUUGAACGUAGAGGACAAAGUGGAAUAUUUAUACCAUCACUUCAGCACAAAGAUCCAAAUUAUGAGUACCGAAAUUGCGACACUGAAGGACGCACCAGAAACAAAACACGCGCGUCUGACAGAAGACUUCCAAGAAGAUUUGAAAAACUUUUAUAUCAAGUUCAAAAAUCAGCUUCCCAUCUAUCCUUUACCGCCGCGUGUAAAAGGGAUGGUAGAACACCUUUAUGUUACGCCAAAUGUUAUCAGACUUGACCACGGAAAAUUCAACAGAGAAUCACAGCCCCACAGACAUUCAUUUAGAAAGUCAUACUCAGCAGACGAAUUACACCUGUCUGACAUUCUACUCUACCAUGGCAACAUCGUUAACGAAGUUUAUAUCGAAGGUGAGCCAGGGGUUGGAAAAACAGCCUUUUGCGUAAAAACUGCACUGGCAUGGGCUUCAAAGCGUGUCCCUACAGACCCUGACAGGUUUUUUCAGUCUGAAACGCUUGGUCAAUUCAAAUUCGUUUUCUUGGUGUUCCUACGGGACUUCAGUGGCCGUGAAUGCGAUAUUGACAAGAUGAUUUACCACCACAUUCUUACAAACCUUCCAGCCAAAUACACUGAUCAAUUUCUACAGAGGCUGCUUGAUGAAGAGGUUUGUCUCAUUAUUCUGGACGGACUUGAUGAGUGGCGACAUAAUAACAACAGUGAUUGCUUUUGUGGAGCACAAACAAUGAUUCCACGGAGAAGAAUGCGCGACAAAUGUGUAGUCCUGACAACCACACGACCGUGGAAAAUGGCAUUCGCGAGGAUGUCGUCCGAUAUCGAAAUUGAACACCGUUUCGAAAUAACUGGUGUGAAAGAUCCACGCGACCUUGCAGAAAAGGUUAUUCAAUGUCUUAACAACAAGACAGGGAGAAAUGUGUUGCCAGAUGAUUUCUUCAACUCAGUAGAGGAACACAAUUUGACACACUGUCUUAACGUGCCAGUGCUCAACAUGCAACUUCUGUAUCUUUGGUACACAGGAGGAAAACUUGGAUCAUCCGUUUGCGACAUCUAUAAGAACAUGAUAGAUAUGUUGUUUGGGCAACUAAGAAUGCGGUUGUCAUCGGGCAGUGAUAUGGAGCAGUUGCGGGACGAUGCAAAUGACAAAACUCAAGAUGAUCUUUUAGAAAAACUGCAAAAACUAGCGUUCGACACCCUGAUUGACCAUGAACGAGAAUCAUCCAUUGUGUUUGACCAAUCUGUGGUUGACAAAGUCUUAAAUUCAGAAGAAAAGAAAAAAUCACUACAAGUUGGGAUUUUAACCCAAAGGUCUUUUCUCCAACCGAACGCUCAACAUGGCACAGUAUUGUCAUUCUUACAUAAAACAUUCCAAGAGUUUCUUGCUGCACGCCACAUUGCUACGUCGGUGUCUCAGACAUACAAUUUAGAGAAAUCACUUGCAAAUCUCGAUGGACACUUGCUAAAAAUACAGGACAUCGCAACUUUUUUCGAAUUUUUGUGCGGCAUUGACAGCGAAAAGGCAGUUGCGUUCUCAGCGUCUCUCAUGAACUUUGUUUCUUAUGAUUGUGAAGCAAAAUUAAAUGCUAUUGGUACAGAAAACAGUGUACAGGACUUACAAAAUCUGCAUAUAAUUCAGCAAGCACAAGACUUGAUUCUCAAGGGACUAAGAGAAUCAAAAAGCAAUCAGCAUGAAGCACAUUUAUAUCUUACCCAUGUGACUGACAGACACGUGAAAAACACCGAGGUAUGGAGGGAGCUUGUUGAAAGGAACGAAAGUAGGAUCGUAUCGGUAUAUUUAGAGGAUCACAAUGACAAACCGACCAUUGAUGUUUUCAGAUCAGUUUUUGCAUCGUCGAAUGACACACUUGUGUACGUAACACUGAAAGAGCGACGUACGGCGAUAGACCUAAGUAGAUGUAGACAUUUAAAAUACCUCUGCAUCGCUGGAGAAAAAGAGUUGGCGAAAACGACCGCGUCCACAGAGAGUAUGAUUACUUGUAGCCUUGAACGCGUUUCGGAAUGGACGGAAAAGGUGAUGUUUGCGGCAUUAUCGAAGAAUUCCGAAUGUUUGCAAAAUCUACACGUACAUCAAUGUAAACAUACAAAUGAUCUUGUUAACAUGCUGCCGGAAUUGAAGAACCUUAAACGCUUGAAAAUAUGCCACGUUGACUUUACGAAAGAACCAAUCGAACGACUUUCGGAAACAUUGACUUAUGUGUACUUUGAACUUGUAACUAUUAACGUUGUUACGUUAGACAGGCUGACGAAAUCAUAUGAAGGAUCCAGCCAUUCCGUAACCUUCAAACUAAAAGAAUGCCAUGUUGUACCACAACAGGAAUUCAUUUCUUUUAAAGAGAACAUCAGUUCUUCUAACAAAUAUAACGUCAUGAAAGACGGGUACAAAAUGCAAGCGCAAAAUCUCCACUUAGAUGACGUGUUUGAUGGAAUGGACGAAAUGUAUGUAUUCAAAUACUCGCUCAACCCCAACACUAAGUUAAAACCCGAUGACCGAAAAUGCACUACGCUAUAUGAUAGAACCGUUUCACGCGUUUGAAAUAACCAUAGAUGUGUAUUCUUUUAAUAUUUGAUGACAGUUGUAUUGAAACAAUCAAGAACUACAACAAAAUAAUACGUUGAAUUGACGAGCAAAGCUAAAUAUUUGCCCACGGUAAUAUGAACAUCCCCUGGGAUGACAUCUACAAAGUUCCUGAUGCGAUAUUACGUCAUCAUGAUGCUAUUUUUAUGUUAGAGAAUUCCGGGAUAUCCCUGACAACAUACUUAAGUACAUCCUUAAGCGGCCCAUCCACAAUCAAUAUAAUUGUCAAUUUUAUUGACAAUAAUGAAGAUUGACAAUAAAAUUGAUAGUGAAUGGAUGAUAUUGAAGAUUGAGUCAAUGUAUUGAAGAAAAUCAGAGAUCUCAAAUAUUUAUUGACGGAUUGUCAAUUGUAUUGACGAGUGUUUUGCACCCUUCAAUAAUAUUUAAUCAAUGUUUAUACAUUUCUAUAUGUAGUCUCGUCAAACUUUCCAUACAGUCAACAUGGCUAAAGGGCAAAAAAUAUUCUGUCAAUAUUAUUGAGUCAGUGAAAUUGACAAUUAUAUUGUGUGUGGAUGGGCCGCUUAAAGGGCAAAAAAUAUUCGUUCAAUAUUAUUGAGACAAUAAAAAUUGACAAUGAUAUUGUGUGUAGAUGGGCCUCUUUAGGGGAUUUAUUUUUAACUGAGGAAAAAUAAGCUCGCGACAAAAACUUACCUAUUCUUUUCCCUAAGGAACUUUGAGGAUGACGAUUUAAGAAAAAAACUUGCCUUAGGAGAAUUAUCGAACUUAAGUAAAUAACUUAAAAAUAACUAAGGAGCUUUGUGGAUACGGGCCCUGAUCAGGUCGGCUACGAUAAAUAUUCACAAAAUUACACCUGUCGUUCAUAAUGACAUAAUUUGUAACACUGAGCAUUCGCACAGUCUUCGACAAGUAGAUACAUAUGUUUAAUGACAAUGAUGCAGAACUACAGACAAAUGAAUGAUACUUAUCUUAUUUUGCAGUUUGUCAUUGAUGGAGUAUUUAACUGUAAUGUAAUUUGUGUAUUUUUAUAGUAUGUGUACCUUUGAGAAUGUAAAUACUGUAAAUUGUAUGACGAUCUUAAAUUUCGUCUAUUGUGCAUAUAAUAGUGUAUUUGCACCAUAUAGUUGUGAAUUUGCAAAAUAAACAGCAAGUGUAUUUGCAGCAUAUACUAGUGUAUUUGCAGCACAUACUAUUGUAUUUGCAGAAUUAACAACAAGUGUAUUUGCACCAUAUACUAGUGCAUUUGCAGCAUAUACUUUUUUAUUUGCAGAAUAAACAACAAGUGGAUUUGCACCGUAUACUAUUAUACUAUUGUAUUUGCAGAAUAAACAACAAGUGUAUUUGCACCAUAUACUAGCGUUUUUGCAGCAUAUACUAUUGUAUUUGCACAAUAAACAACAAGUGGAUUUGCACCAUAUACUAGUGUAUUUUCAGCAUAUACUAUUGUAUUUGCAUGAUAAACAACAAGUGUAUUUGCACCAUAUACUAGUGUAUUUGCAGCAUAUACUAUUGCAUUUGCAGAAUAAACAACAAGUGUAUUUGCACCAUAUACUAGCGUAUUUGCAGCAUAUACUAUUGUAUUUGCAGAAUAAACAAUAAGUGUAUUUGCACCAUUUACUUUUAUACUAGUGUAUUUGCAGAAUAAACAACAAGUGUAUUUGCACCAUAUACUAGCGUUUUUGUGGCAUAUACUAUUGUAUUUGCACAAUAAACAACAAGUGUAUUUGCACCAUAUACUACUGUAUUUGCACCAUAUACUAGUGUAUUUGCAGCAUAUGCUUUUGUAUUUGUAGAAUACACAACAAGUGUAUUUGCACCAUAUACUAGUGUAUUUGCAGAUUUUGAUAUGUGUAUGGUCAGAGGGGGUUAUCACGUGACAAACGAGCUGUUGGACCAUCACUGUACCUUUUCUAGGCACAGUGAAAUGAAACCAAAUGUAUCAACCAAAUCUCGUCUUUAUUAAGAAGUUUAAGAGUCAUGUUAUCGUAUAGUUUUACAUUCAGAUCAUCGCCUUGCAAUCAGAAAGACGCCGCAAUGAGGAUGUAAAAGGCCAAAUGACAAAGAUUGAUUGUGUAUGUCUAUCUUUAGAGACAAACAAUAAUAAAUAUUCAAUAGUUUCAAUCCGUUUUCUAAUCACAUCAAUACUUAUAUUAAACUGUUAUAAUUUGAGCGGAAUCCGCUAAAGAAUAGUUUGAUCCCCAUACAACUCCUUUACGGUCACAGUCAAAACUCCUUUUCGGCCACAGUCAAAACUCCUUUUAGGUCACAGUCAAUACUCCUUUGAGGUCACAGUCAAAACUCCUUUACGGCCACAUUCAAAACUCCUUUAAGGUCACAGUCAAAACUCCUUUCUUUACGAUCACCUACACGUUAAGGCGGAACUAAAAUAUGUUCAGGGAACAAAGUUCGAAUUACAUGAGAAAGAUCGUACGUACAACUGAUGUAACUGGCAUACAUUCCUGUUUCAACCCCGUAAUAGUAUCCAACAAUAAAUUGUUACGAAACAAAGAAAAGCAUUUAUCGAAUACUUAUUCAUAUUGGGAAUUUGGAUUAAGAAUUUUUCAGUUUGUAUAAAGGCUUUUUGUUUUAUAGAUUGUUUAUGAAAUUUAAAUACCCAACUUCGUGAAUGGAAAUGUGAAAUAAUGAGAGUCGAUUUAAUGAAAAAUUGAAAUAUAUUGAUGAAAUUAUCAAAGCAUAAGUUAUUAUAAGAGUGAAUGAGGCUACGUACUUAAAUUUUUUAAUUAACCUUACUUGGUUUUGAAGUCGAUCAUGUUUCAAUAAUGUUUAUGGUAUAAUGAUAUAAGCAGUUAUUGUAACGUACAAGCAUUUACACAAUAAAAAACUUACACAAAAAGAACGUCAGAGAUCUAACAAUACUUUCGUCGAAUAAAGUGUUUGCGUUGGCUUUAUAUCGCAUCAGGAUAAGGACCGAGGAGACUUGAUUGAGCAUCUGUUUAACCAUUCGGAAUGCUAUUGUUUCAUUUGUUGACAAAUAUUUUACUCAUAUGUAUUGACUGCGUUUUUCAGAGGUGUUUUGAAGUAAGUUUGAUCAUAAAUAACUUAUUUACCUCCCAGUGCUUUGAUUUUGCAAUCGUUUUAUGGUAACAUUGCCACUCACCGCAAAACAAGCUUAGUAUUGCAUAAUGCCACUUAUUGCAAAAACAUCAGGUGAGUCAGACGUAACAGAAAUCCGCAUGUACCGGGUAAUUGAGCCUCAGUCUAUGAAAACACUGUUGAAUGUAUGUGCGUAAAGUGUCGUUCCAGAUAAGCAUGUGCAGUCAGGCUAAUUAACGACGAACACAUUUCUCCUUAACUGGAUUUUUGCUACAAAGAGACUUCCUUUAAACGAAAUAUUCCAUUAAACCGGAAAGUGUCGAGUAGCCUGUGUGGACUUCACAGGCUGAUCUGGGACAAUGCUUUUCACACAUGAGUUAAGCCCCGUUUUCUCAGAGCGAGGCUCAAAUGUAUUACAAAUUUGACUCGAGAAUCUUAAUACAGGGGAAAUCACUGAUACAAUGUAAAUAUUACAUUGGGUAGAGUUCUCCCCCUUUGUAGAUUUUCAAAUUUGUUAUAUUUUCUCUGAGGGUUUGAAAUAGACCAUUCUUCGUUUCCUGUAUUGUAGAUAACAGUCAGCGCUUUUGGGCUAGUUUACAUAGAACAAUUUAAAUGAUUUUUUCUUACAAAGCAUGCUUAAUGAAUUUCAGAAAUCCACACAUUAAAGAACAUCCGUAGUGAUAAGUUAAUUGUGCCUGGUUCUGUGAACACCAGAAUUAAUAAUGCAUGUGCAAAUAUAGUCGUCCCAUAUUAGCCUGUGCAGUCCGCACAGGCUAAUGCGGGACGAAACUCUUCGCUUGACUGGAUAAUCGGUAAAAAAAGACCUCUUAACCGAAACAUUCCAUAAAAGCUGACAGUGACGUCCCCGAUUAGUUCUAGAGGACUGUGCAGGCUAAACUGUGACGGCACAUGUCCAGUUUUCCCCCGAACAAGACUACGUUGUUAUAAGAUCCGGUAAAAAGGAUGGUGAUUAUAAAUGAAGACACUUUUUUAGCUCGUCUGUUUUCGGAGAAAACCCGAGGUAAUGUCAAAGCCAGCUCGUCGUAUCCGUCGUCGUGUCGUCCGCUUUGUGCUAAAACCUUUACAUUUUGACAAGGUUUUGAACAUUGCCUCUAAAAUCAAAGUGCUUCAACCUACAACUUUGAAACUUCGAAUGUAGCUGCACCUUGACUAGCUCUACAUGUCACACCCACUUUUGGGUCACUAUGUCAAAGGUCAAGGUCACUGUGACCUCUAAAAUAAAUCAGACAAGCUUUCAUUUAUUCAAAACUGCACCCGCAGCCGAGCGUGGCACCCGUUAUGCGGUGCUCUUGUAUUUAUUUCAUAUUUUUUACAAUAAACGUUUUUAAGCAGCUUUCUGUGUUCUAAACGAUUAUUCGUGCACAUGUAUUCAGCCAUCCAGUAGUGAAUGUUAGCUGAAUGUGAGGCGCUUGGGGCACACAGAUUUAUUAAAGACGUGAGGAACACCCAAGGAACGCCUCGAGUAGGAUUUUUCUAUCAAACAUAUUAACGACUUCAUAAGUGCAUUGUACUGUAUUGUUUUUUACUCUAAGGUAUUGUACUGUAUUGUAUUGCACUUAAUUGUAUUAUAUUUGUGGUUUCUCUAAUAUUUUAUUAUAUUGUACUAUGUCUAUUGUAGUAAAACUAUUAGUGUAAUCAUCAUUUUAUUGCAGUGUUUGCAUAAUAUAAUUUUGCAUAGCAAUAUUAGUUUUGUAUUGUUAGUAUUGCAUUGUAUGAUAUUAUAUUGUAUUUUAGUUUGUUUGUAUUGUAUUGUACUAUAUUGUUUUGUAUUAUAUUAUAUCGUUAGUAUUAUUAUAUUUAUAACAUUGUAUUGUUUUGUAUUGUAUUGUACUGUAUUGUUUUUGUUGUUUUUACAAUAUUGUUUUUUUUUGUAUUUUGCGUAUUGUAGUAUUACUAUAAUUAGUAUAAUCAGUAUUGCAUUGCAGUGUUUGCAUAAUAGUUUUUGUAUUGUUAUAUUAGUUUUUUAUUGUUUGUAUAAUUGUAUUGUAGUAUAUUGUAUUGUGUUAUGCUGUGCCGAUAUGUGAUGUGCGCAGAGCUGAUUGUGCUGUGUUUUGUUGAGCUAUGCUAUGUUGUGAUGUGCUGUUUUAUGAUGUGCUUAUCUGUGCUGAUUUGUUUUGUGAUGUUUUGUGUUGUGCUAUGCUAUGUAUGUACAAAUCUACUGUGCACAGAUGUACUUUAAUGUACUGUGAUGUGCUGUACCGCACUAAGAAAUAUCAGUGAA